CUCAAAUUUUAUCUUCUAAAAUGCAUUCAAAAUAUUUUCAAAAUUUUAUUAAAAUACUUUCAAAAUAUUUCCAAAUUACAUUAUCUACUCAUAUAUUAUAUCACUUCAUUAUCUUGAUGGAGACAGUUAACUUUCUGCCAGUGAAUAGUUCUAGUACUUAUGAAUCCAAAUCAUAUUAUGGUUAUGAUCUAAUGGACAAUACUUUUUUAACAGAUGAAAUUGAAGAAUUCAUUAAAUCUCUGGAAAAAAAUCUUAAUAAGGAAUGUGAUAUUUCGAAUUGCGAUAUCCCACAAAAGAUAUUAAAUAAUCCAUCUAAUUUAACUUAUCAGCAUGAAUAUUCAGUUCAAAAAUCUAGAUAUUCAGGAGAAACAAACCAAGCAUAUGAAAGCAUUCAAAAUUAUGACAUAUACCAUUCUGAUUUAGAACGAAUUUCUGAGCCUGUACAUUUCAAUUUAGGAAGAGAUGAUGAUUUAACCCUUCUGAAAAAUUCAAAAUAUUUCAAUGUAGAAUGCCAAUAUUAUAAUCAAUAUGAACAAAACAAUUGCUUAUCCUCAUAUACAAAAGAAAGUAUACCAGAAGGAGUAUUAAUAUAUAAUUACUCAAAGAAUACAAAUAAGGAAAUAAAUAACAGGAAAUUAGAUAAUGUACCUCAAUCCCAAAUAUUUAAAGAAUUUCAUCAUAACUUUCCUCAUAUUUCAACUUUUUACAAUGACAAAAAUGAAUAUGACAUUCCAAUCGACUUUAGUUAUUUAUUUUAUCAAAAUCUGAAUAUGAUUAAUAAUGAUUUGUCAGUUUAUCAACAUAAUGAUAAUCCAACAAAUAUAAAGAAAACAUGUUACAAAAAAAAAUCGCAUAAAGGAUCAUGCGGACGUCCCAAAACAACGUCUAUGUUGAAAAAAUAUCCAUUAAAACAGGAAACCAUCCGGCAGGAUUUUAAAUUUCAAAAUAGAUAUAUUACUAAAUCUUUUAUCAAAUAUAAUGUGAGAACAAAAUUUGAAAUGCAAAAUUUGCAAUUUAGCCAAAAUAAUGUUAACAAGUCUUUUAAUUGCAUGUUUAAUAAUUGCGGUAAACAAUUCUCUAGAAAGGAUGAGCUCAAUCGACAUUUAAGAAUUCAUAAUGGAUUUAAACCCUUUAAAUGCCAACUUUGUUUAAGAGCAUUUACAAGAUCAGAUCAUUUAACUACACAUUUUAGAACUCAUACCGGUGAAAAACCUUUCCAAUGUGAAAUGUGCAAACGUAAAUUCGCCAGAAGUGAUGAACGAAAUAGACAUAUUAAAAUUCAUAUUAAAGAAAAUCAAUGAGCAUAUGAAAUAUUUAAAUGCUAUAUAAGAAAAAUUUUAAAAUUAUAUAUUUCUAAGAAAAUAUUUAUUUAUAUUACAUCAUAAAUAUAAUAAUAAAAGAAUUUAGAGAUUUAUUACAAUGCAUAUGUGCGCU